AUGCUGUCCCUACUGGGCCUCUUCAUCGGCGCAGCUGCGGCUGUGCCUUUCGAGCAACAACCGCUAGCCCCGUCGGAUGGCACGGCCGUCAUUCACGAUUUGGCACCCCAAACGCCGUUGGGCGCAUUGUCGGGCGCCUCGUCCCAGGGCCUGCGCGGUCGCUUUCUACACAUUACCGAUUUCCACCCCGACCGGUACUACAAGGCCGGCUCCUCACUCGAAGAUGACUCGUGCCACCACGGAAAAGGCGAGGCCGGAUACUUUGGGCAGGAGGGCUCGCAGUGCGACUCGCCCCUCACGCUGGUGAACGAGACUUUCCGCUGGAUCGAGGAAAACAUCAAGGAUGACAUCGACUUCGUGAUCUGGACCGGCGAUUCAGUCCGCCACGACAAUGACGAGGAGAUUCCGCGGAACUUGGAUGAGAUCGUCGAGAUGAACCAGUACAUGGCCCAGAAAUGGAUCGAUUUAUUCGGCACGCGCAAACCUUCCCAUUCCAACGGCGUCGCGCAACUCUCCGUCCCCGUCGUCCCCACCUUCGGCAACAACGAUAUCCUCCCACAUAACAUCUUUCGCACUGGCCCGAACCGGUGGACCAAAAAAUUUGCCAAUGUCUGGAAUGCUUUUAUACCCGAGGACCAGCGUCACAGUUUCGUCGAAGGUGGCUGGUUCAUCAGCGAGGUGAUACCGGGCAAGUUGGCCGUCAUCAGCCUCAACACCAUGUACUUUUAUGAGUCGAACAGUGCCGUGGACGGGUGCAAGGCCAAAUCGGAACCAGGCUAUGAACACAUGGAGUGGUUGCGCGUGCAGUUGCAGAUUCUGCGCAGUCGGGGUAUGAAGGCCAUCAUCAUGGGUCACGUUGCGCCUGCGCGCUCGGAGGAAAAGACCAACUGGGACGAGACUUGCUGGCAAAAGUAUACGUUCUGGAUGGAUCGGUAUCGCGAUAUCGUCGUGGCCAGCCUCUACGGGCACAUGAAUGUUGAUCAUUUCAUGUUGCAAGACAGCCACGACGCGGACGUCGAUGAGCUGUCCAAGACAUCUGGCGGUGGCACCGUCUCGGCCAUGUCGAAGACGAACUAUCUGGGCUCGCUGCGAAAGCAGUGGGCGGACCUGCCCACUCCGCCCAAGGGAUUCUUCGAGCGCCUAGACAGUCUGACCGAGACGCAGGGCAAGAAGGAGAAGAAACGCGAGAAGAAAAUGCGCAAGUACUUGAAGAAGAUUGGAGGUCAGUGGGCCGAGCGCUACAGUGUGUCAUUGGUCUCGCCCAGUUUGGUGCCGAAUUACUUCCCGACCUUGCGCAUGAUCGAGUACAACCUCACCGGGUUGGAACAGGUUGGUCUUGAAUCUGUAGAGGGGCAGACGGACCUGCCUUCCGACUCUGAAGUCUACGUUUCUCCCGCGGCGGACGCCCAGGUGAAGAGAAAGAAGAACAAAAAGGGCAAGAAGAAGAAGAAGGGCCCCAGCUUCGAACUGCCCCGGCCGCCAUCCUCAACGGCGCCUCCGGGCCCCGCAUACUCGAACCAGGCCCUGUCCCUGCUGGGUUACACCCAGUACUUCGCCAACCUGACCCGCAUCGAUGAAGAGAUGCAGUGUAACAAAAACGAAGACCCGCGUGUCGAGUUCGAAGUGGAAUAUACCACCAGUGACGAGGUCUACGGACUGAAAGACCUGACAGUUCGGAGCUUCCUCGAGCUCGCCAUCCGCAUCGGCCAAGACGGCGACAUUUCGAAUAAGAAAAAGGUCAAGGUCAACGAGGCGUGGCGGGCGUUCGUCGAGCGGGCGUUCGCCGGGUAUGUCGACGUGGAUGAACUGGACGAGAUGAACUUGGUCCAUUAA